UCGGUGUCGCCCGCCAGGAUGCAGCCGCAACCCGUCGGCCGACGUUGGUAAGGUAGUUGGCGUCUCGCUUCUGUGACACCCAGACGAGACCUAACUAACCCGAAGCCGUCGUCACGUUUGCAUCAUGCUGAUGGCAAACCUGCUCUGCACAUUCGCUCAUCGCAACGGUUCAUCUUGGCGGGCACCGACUUCUACAUACGUCGCAGGCAGCGAUUGCUCCUCGCUCACUCCGGCAGACCACAAAGGCUUCGAGACCUACUCUUCGUACUUUCCGACACAUUACGAAUAUCGGCGGGAACAGAACGCAUUAUCCGACCGCGGCGACGAUCAGCUUUCCUUUGCAGACUAUGGGUCCUCGACUUACACUGACCUCCCGAAUUGGUACUCACGUUCGCACGCCAAAGAAACCUUCGCUUCUAAGCGACGAGCCUCGGACAUUUUCGGCGGACGUCUCACGAAUUGCGUAAUCUUCGUCACGUGCCUCUCCGGCAGCGGCGGGACCACCGCUCGCCCCUGCUUGGCGCGAUGGAAGAUUAAUCGAUACCUCCUGCGUUGUUCAUCCCUACCGAUCGAUCCCCACUACCAAAAAAAGCCCUGUUCGGAUACGGUGUUUCGGGCCUUGAAAGACGGAGGCUGCUUUUCCUCUUUUUGCGACCUGGGCGUUUCCACGGCGGUUUUGCAUCAUCAAACCAGCUUUUGCAUCAAUGCCACGACGGAGUUUCUUCGGGUUUGAUUUUUCUCGAUACCAUACAUAUGGUGUUUUGGGUGCUUGUUUUCUCCAUCACAGAAGCGGCGACUUUCUACCAAUACGGCAAAGAUAAUGGCUCACGGGUCCUAUGAACAUCAGAAAAGAUACCGGCUUAUAGAACGAUUCGAGAUG